AUGUCUUGUUUAUUGCUUCAAGAUAAGUUUCCUGACUUUAAGGCAGAAACAACAAAGGGAGAGCUAUCCAUCCAUGAAUACUUCGGCACUUCAUGGGGUAUACUUUUAUCUCAUCCUGGUGACUUCACCCCUGUAUGCACUACAGAACUUGCCCGUAUGGUGAAGCUGUUUUCAGAAUUUGAAAAGAGGAAUGUGAAGUUGAUAGCAAUUUCUCUGGACUCCAAGGACAACAGUUUAAAAUGGAUCAAGGAUAUCAAUACUUUUGGAGGUUAUGAUCCAAAUGCACCGCUGCCCUAUCCUAUAAUUGCUGAUGAGGACAGGAGCAUUGCAGUAAAAUUGGGUAUGGUGAGACCAGGGGCUGUAUCUACGCCUGGGUUACCAUUGACAGCUCGCCAUGUUUUUGUUGUUGAUCCUAAGAAGAUACUCAGACUCGUUUUAAUUUACCCAGCUUCUACGGGAAGAUAUUUUCCAGAAAUCUUCAGAGCUAUCGAUUCUCUCCAACUCACUGAGAAAUAUGGAGUAUCAACGGAGGCAGACUGGAAGCCUAAUGGUAGGGUUGUAGUCCCUGAAGGCUUCCCUCCAGAAAAAGCUGCAGAGCUGUUCCCCGAUGGAGUGAAAAUUGAACAAUUCCCAUCUGGCAAAACAUAUUUACAGUUUGGUGAAAUGAGAAAAUGUCAAAACAAAAUUAUCACAUCAUAAUGCAGAUUGC